UGCGGAACUAAUCAAAGUAGCUGGCUGUGGUCGGAUUGUUAUUCCGGACGGAAGGCGAGACAACCGUUGACGCACAAAGAUCGGCUGUGUCGCUUCGUGCUCUUGAACACAGCCAACGUUAAAACAUUUAGUUUGACUUCGGUCGAGCGACAGACGUUAUUUUCCCUGACUGUAAUGUAAUUGCGGCGAUACAUAGGAUGGACGGAGGUAUAUCCGAGUUGCCAGGUCCCUCACUUCCCCUCUCCACUCUGCGCCUCCUGGUCCCACCAAUUCGGCUGGUCUCUGCAGCAAUCUGGCAGACGGUGGAACAGAAAAUUGUGUCGGAUUAUGGGCUGCUUGAGGAGUUUGUUUUUAUGGUCACUGAGAUUGUCCCUCAACUUCUCUCCACGAGGCAGCGGGCUGAACUCAUUUUGGGUCUAAGAGCACGGCUGAUCCUGGAGUUAUGUCGCUCUGAGGAGACUGCUGACCUCCAGAUUAUUCAGCCACAUCUUGACCGAAUGCAGAACCUCAGAUCUCUGUGGAAUGUAGAGACUGAUAAUGCAGAACAAGAAGUGUCUGACUCACAUUUCAUGGGCCUUGUCCAAAAUCUGCUCAGAGAUCCUGAAGAGAGAAGAAACUUUUUCCAGGAUGUCUUCCCAGGAGACUUUGGCCCAACAUAUGACAAAGCAAUCCAGACACUGAUGUGGCUGUUUCUGUCCAGACUUGAAAAGCUUAUUCCUACCCAAACUCUCCAACAGAUUGCAGCUUUGCUCAGCAACGCCUCAUCAGUUCUGACUGAAUGCAUGGAGACUUUUGGUCAGCCCCAGGAGCUCAAAACCUUGCUGGACACUCAGAAAGACCUUAGUCAGUUAGAAGACAUUGAAUCUUACAUUGUCGACAGUGGUAUCCUGUCAGCUCUGUGUCUUCCUCCUGUCGAAAGAGUUGUGAUCGUCAAUGAACAAACAGAAACAGAUGCAGAGAGCGGACUCAUUUAUACAGUCUGCACAGAGAUGGAGGUGGAAUCUGAGAACAAGGAGGUGUACGUGGAGGGAACUGGGAACUCAGAAGAGUGUGUGCAAACCCAGUGGUUUGGUCUCAGCAGCGAUGUGAAAGCAGAAAUGGACACUGUGGUCGUUACAGAUUCUGUCCAAGGCACUGAGGCCAGUGAGAGUGAAAUGGCCGAUGACCAACAUCAUGACCAGUCUGGAACACUAAUCAUUGGGGAGGACGGCCAGGUGUCUGUGCUGGACGGCGUGGAGAAGAAACCAAACAGACGUGGGAGGAAAAAGAAACGUCCUGCAGAUGAAGACUUUGAAGUGCAAAGCAGAACAAAGGGCAGGCAAGAAGACCCGGAAUUGGAUGUUUCGUGGGAAAGACCAGUGCGAAAGAACCGUGGACUCAAGAUGAAACGGUACCUGUCACAGUGGAGAAAAUCGGGCAAGACACAGGGCACUAAUACUACUAAAAGUAGCUCUAAAAAGUUUUCCAGAUCCCAGGCUUCAGCUAAAAGCAAUGACUUGGACGAGAGAACAUGCAAAGUGUGCGGCAAGGUGGUGAGUCGUGCCAAGUUCUUAGAGCGACACAUGAAUCGACACUCUGAGGAACUGCCUUAUUCUUGUCCUGUGUGUAAAAGGUUUUAUAAGAGCUUGCGUUACUUGCAGCAACACAGAUGUCCGAAUCUGGCAAAAGCAAAGGCUGGCAGGAAGGCAAAAGAACAAGAGACUGCGGCAGAUGAGGGUGAACAAUCAUCCAGUGGGAAUCCUUGUGAGGCAACCAAUGAAGAGCAGCCGUCAGACAAUACCGACCAGGACCCCGAUUACUCCCCUUCUGCUGAGAAGAAGUCGUCCAAAGAAUCAGGACAGAAAAGCCCAGAAGGGAACAAAACUGUGAUAGAAGGUCCAUUCUACUGUCCUCACUGCAGCGUUGAGUUUAAAUGCAAACAAACUUUUAGGUUCCAUCUCAGAAACAUUUGCUACAAUGAGCAACAGGUGGAUCCUGAGAAGCCUGAGGAUGUUAAACAUUGUUUCAGGUGUGAUGAAUGUGACAAGGCAUUCAAAUACAAGUCAACAUUGGAUUCUCACAAACAGACUCACAACCCACUCUACUGUGAGGUGUGUAUGAAACUGGUACGUGACUCGGAGGCAUUGGCAAUGCACAAGGAAUCCCACACACCAUUCCAGUGUAACCAGUGUGAGGAGAACUUCCCUGUGUUCAAGGCCCUUCACAAGCACUACAUCGACGUCCAUAAUCCCACUGAACCUUUUACCUGCACCCACUGUCAGACAACUUUUGCCAGUUUGAAGCGUUUCAUCAGACACGAGUGGAAACACACUGGUUACCAACCAUUUCAGUGCCCUCAUUGCACUAAGAGAUUCAGAUCAUACUCUGACCUUGUGGAGCACCAGAAAAAACACACUAAGGCCUAUCCAUUCCUCUGCUGGGAGUGUGGCAAGAAAUUCCGGCACGGUGUAACGUUGACGAGGCACGUGGAGCGUGUGCAUCACUCCGGCGAACCCGUAACCGAGAAACCAAUGCCAACCUUCACUUGCGCUCAGUGUGGGAAGACCUUCACUUCUAGAAGAUGCCUUCUGAAACAUGACAAUUUCCAUCACAAAGGGCUGCGUUUCCCCUGUGAGCACUGUGGGAAGGGAUUCUUUGGCAAGGACGCACUGGUGAGGCAUACUUUGAUUCACACAGGCGAAAGGCCUUUCAAGUGCGACGACUGCGAUAAGUCCUUCAGAUCCGCUGCAGAAUUAAAGAUACACAGGAGAUACCAUACUGGGGAAAGACCAUUUAAGUGCAACGUCUGUGAAAAAGGUUUCGUCCAGUCCUGCUUUCUUACCUUACACAUGCGAACCCAUACAGGAGAGAGACCAUAUGUUUGUACAGUGUGUAACAAGGGCUUUUCAAGCUUGCAUGGCCUAAAAAGACACAGGAGGCUUGUUCAUGCAUAGAUAAUGUUAACAUGAUACAAAUUCCCAUAUGGAUGUUCUGUUAAAUGUUUCCUUAUUGAAGGAGGUCCACAUCAGCUGAAAAUCAGAACUUAAGUACUGUUGAGGAUUUGACUUUCUGCAAGGACACUUGAGCUGCGUGGAUGCUGCCUGAGAUGGGGAAUUGAAACCAAGUUUUCCAGUUGAAGGACAGUUUCCUUAACAUGUCAACCACAUUGCUAUCUUUGUGGCUGUUACAGUCUGGAUUGUUAGGAACUGUGUAUUGCAUUAUAAAAAUGUACCUUUGUAUUUUUUACUGAAAUGUUUGCUGUAGAUCUACAUAAGAUUUGUAUGUAUAAAUGGUAUGAACCUUAAUUCCUUUUGGAAUUGAAUUCUUCUUCUUGAAUAAAUUGAAAAUUAGA